UACACUGCAAAGUCUUUGCAAAGAUGGGGGACGAAAAACCUUUUGUGUGCAACGCUUCUGGCUGUGGGCAGGGCUGGUGAUGUAUAGCUACAUUCUGCAAUGAAGACCGUGAGCAGUGCAGAGGUUCAAUGAAAGCCGAUAGUUCAUUAUGAACGUCUCUCUGGCCUACAUACUCCCAAAGACAAAUCUUGUGAAUACCACUCCCUCUUUUUCCUUUGGAAAUGUUUCUGCCCUGAGAGGUUUACUAAUGAGGACCACCUGGCUGUUCACAAACACAAACAUGAAAUGACGCUCAAAUUCGGACCCCCCAGGACCGACUCCGUCAUCAUCGCAGACCAGACGCCGACUCCCACCCGUUUCCUGAAAAACUGUGAAGAGGUUGGCCUGUUCAAUGAGCUGGGCAGCUCGUUUGAGCAGGAGUUCCCCAAGGCCCACGAAGACGAAGACAAGAGGGCCAGGAACCCGGUGAGCUGUGGGACUGGGUGGAGGGUUUCGGACAUUCGGCCCGACAUGCUUCAGUUGCCUGCUCCUCAUUCAGGAGCGCUGGACAUGAGCUUGCAGACGCCCUCAGAUGUCAAAGUGAAAGAGGAGGACCCUGUGGAGGUGGACUCGUCUCCGCCUAGCAGCCCUGACUCAAUGUCAAGCAUGUCGGAUAGCAGCAGAGAGCCCAUGGGAAGAGGAAAGGGUUCACCCCCGAAACCUGCCUUCAGCUCAGCUCCCACCCCCGCCAUUGUGCGUCCAGGUUCCCUCCCCCUGCACCUGGGCUACGACGGCCUACAUCCCACCAUGCCCUCCCCUACCUCCGUGAUCACACAUACCCCACCGUCCAAUCGUACGCUGGGGUCUCCCACUGGGCUGUACCCAAUGAUGAUGCUUCCUAAUGGUCAGACUGUUCCUGUUCUUCCAGGACCUAUGCAGAUGCCUUCUGUGAUAUCUCUGGCAAGGCCUCUUUGUAUGGUGCCCAACAUUCCAGGAAUCCCCGGCCCACCACUAGGAGGCAGCAGCAGCGGCUCGUCUUCACCAUCUGGAUAUAACCUUCACAAUGAGGCCAAGAUGAGGCUGAAGGCAGCAUUAUCUCAGCAGAUGCCUCAUGGUUGUGUUGGCGUAGCGAUGGGUUCCAGUGCAAUGGCGCCUCAGAGGAUGGAGCAAAGCCAGCUGCUGGUCCAGCAUCCUGAUGCCCCAUCCCCAGCCCAGCCACAGGUGUCGCCCGCUCAGCCCACCGGUGGCCGCAGACGGAGGACGUUGGAUGACGACCCCGAUGAGAGGAGGCAGCGCUUCCUUGAGCGGAACCGGGCGGCGGCUUCCCGUUGCAGACAGAAGCGUAAAGUGUGGGUCAACUCUCUAGAGAAGAAAGCUGAGGAGCUGACUUCCUUCAAUGUCUCACUGUCGAACGAGGUGUCUCAUUUACGAAACGAAGUUGCUCAUCUCAAGCAGCUGCUUUUAGCCCAUAAAGACUGCCCGGUCACCACCCUGCAGAAGAAAACCGCCUACUUGGGAGAGGAGCAUAUUAAAGAAACGUCUGAGCCCACGGGCUCCCCGGCGCAGGUCAUUCAGCACAGUUCUUUGGCUCCAAGCCCCAAUGGCUUGAGCUCCCGCGCAGCAGCCGAGGCUGUGGCCAUGUCCGUGCUGGCAGGGAUGGGCAACCAACGGGGGGAGAGUGGCGGGCCGUCGCACGUCAUCAUGACCACACAGUCCCACUCUUCCAGUAGAUGAUGAGGGCAUCUAACAGUCUGCCUGGGACUCUCUGCAUCCCGGGAGAGGGGCAGCUCAAAGCCUGGUUCUCUCUCAUGUCAUCUCUGGCCUAGGGCUGCAUUCUGGGAAUGAACUGGGACUGAGAGAGAGACAGAUUGUUGUUCACUUUGCCAUAGACUACGGGGGCCGGACUCCAAACCACGCUCACUUUUGCAUCCUCUAUAACCUUAAACUCUCUUCUCGGCUUUAAUUCACUCGCGUUGUCCCUGACCUCUACUGGCUGUGAGACUGCAAAGCACUUCCUGUCAUUAAAGGUUUCCUCGUGCUCAUACACAUGCCGCAAUAAAGACGUCACUUGGCUUGUCAUCAUUUAGUGAGAGGAUGCAACACACUGCACUGUGUACAUGAACAUCAUUUCACACGCAUUCAGUAAGGCAAACAUGUUCUAAUUGUAAUAUACUUUGGUUCUUUUGGUUUAUCGUUCUUCAGAUGACCCCCCCUCAUCUGACUCUCGUUGAAAUCGUACCUCAUUUUUAAACUGUUAUAUGCGUUUAUAAUCGAUGUGUGCAUGAUUGUGUGCUUCUCGUGUGGGUGUACAGUAAUGUAUGAUGGAAAAUAGCAGUACGAAGGACUGAUACACUAAGUCUGCCUUGUUAGCAUGCAACAAUUUGCCAUAUGUUAACUGUAUUGUAUCGGCACAUUGAAUUCAGAUUGGACUAUAGAUCCUGGUGUUUGUUUAGUCAUGUUUUUGUUUUUGUACGACAGACUCAGAACCAGCAAAGAACAGACUAAAAAGGUCAAGAAUUAUAAUUGUUUCUGGAGCUUUGCUUCCAGUCUGGAGAGAACAGGAUAGAGAGUGUCAACUCCACAGCGUUGCGUCAUUUCCUCUCCUUGUGAUGAUAUUAAAAUGUUUUAAGUUUGGGUCAAGUUGACAACAAAUUAUUGAGGUUCCUAAAGUAGUAUUAGACUUAAUUGCUCUGUCAUUUUAGAUAAUCCUAGCUUUACGUGAGAUAAACUCUUACCGAAAAAUAACCUGGUGCGUCUGUGUUCACAUGUACCCCCAUUCAGCGUCCUUUUUACUAUUCACCGAAAAAUGAAAAUUCUGUCUUUAUUUACUUACCCUCGCGUUCUUCCAAAAAUGUAUAAAUGUAUUUGUUCUGAUGAAUUUAGAGAGAGAUAUUUGUAAGAAUUCUUGUAACCAAACAGUUCUUGGCCACCAUUGACUACCAUAGUAGGAAAAAUUACAACGGUAGUCAAGUGUCCCAGAACUGUGUGCUUACAUUCUUCAAAAUGUCUUCAUUUGUGUUCAACAGAACAAAGAAAUAUAUUUAAAAAAAAACUACUAUGGUAGUCAUGAGUGGCGAUGCGCGUCAUGGUUACAAGCAUUCUUUCUCUGUGUGCAUCAGAACAAAGGUAAUUUACAUAGAUUUGAACCAACUCGAGGGUGAGUCUCAGUGAAUUGUUCUUGUAAAGUUUUUAUUGAGGAACUCUGUAACACUAUUUAUUUCUUUGAUCAUUUAUCCACACAACCAUAAAACUUUCAGCUCAGACUAAGACUGCCUUAUGAAUCACAUCAGUGCCUCAAAUGCUCUUUCUAGACAAAUCUCACUGUGUAUUUAAUGCCUGUGUUAUUGACUCAACUUGUUAUCUGCCAUUUAGGCAUCAAUGAGGAAAUAUAUAGUUUUAUAUUUGUAUCAUCGGGUCUGGUGUUAAAAAUAAUGCCUGAGAUAACACUGCCCUCAUUCUUCUAAGCAUUUUCUAUACUGCCAUCUAGAUGUAAUAAGGUGUUGUUGCGUUCACCUAGAAAGGCUACAGGGAACAAAGAGGAUCCACUGUUGUAUGAAUGGCUUUACCUGUACUAAGAUGUUUAUCCGAACACAUGGUCUUUUACGCAAGCAGACACUUUUAAAUGUAAGGCAUCAUAAACAAGGGACUAAGAUGUACUGUCGUCGCUCAAUGUAUGUUGACUUGAAUUGUCUUGUUUCAUAAAUUUUAUUUGCAGUGUGUAAUACUGCAUUAACGUGUUGUCAGUCCAAAAUGUAUAAAGGCCUGUCAAAUGCACUAAAAUGUUUUGGAUUUAAAUUUGUCUGUUCGGGAUCUCAGUGAUUUUCUGGUUCUCUUUCAAGCGUCAUACGUCUGUCUGUUUAGUCUGUAAACAUAUCAAAGACUCCAUAGAUACCACUUGACAGAUCAUUUACAAAAAACUCCUAGUUUCAGUGUUAACCCUGGCUUUCAUGGUUUAUGUUAUGUCCUGGCACUUGUAGUUUGUCAGCAGAACCAUAUAUAGGAUUGAUGUUCUGAAAUGAGCGCAAAAGAGAAUUUUUAGCUUUCACUGGCACUUUGUCUAGAUUUUUUCUUUGUUUUAUGCUGCCAGAACUAUAGAAAAGCCUCUUAUAAUAAAUCUUUACCUUUUUGUGUUGUAAUACAGAAAAGUAGAAAUUCUUUUGUAGACUUUUCUUUUUCAUUCUUUAUAUUGUUGUUUAACAUUUGUACCUAAAUAAUUGUUUUACUUUUAUUUUACAAAAAUAACAAGAAUGUUUCGACAUUCCCCCCAUCAAGUUGAUCAUAUAACAGUUGUACUAGUAAAUCUGUUUUCAUGGACAUAAAGGGUUGUCAUCCCCAAAAUAAAAUGGUCAUUUAUUCAC